GGGCGGGGGACGGACGGACCGUCGGACGCACCUGCGAAAGGCGCCCGUUUGGGCACGGCGGCUGUCAUGGCGGCCUGAGGCGCGGUGCGGCCAGGCGGAGAAUCAGCCGGGAGACAACGGCACCUUGCCCGGGAACAUGUGCAGCCGCCGAGUCCCUUAAACACAGCAGGUCGUGUGGUAACCAGUUGUGUGCUCUGUCCAUUUCUUUCUCCUGGCCUGUAUUUCUGAGCGCACUGGAACCUGAAGUAACAGCGGUUAUUGCCUCUGGGACAUUUGGACAGAAGGCUCUGAAUCUUCAAUAUCUAGUGGAGACCUUCCUCACUUUCUUUGUAAGCCCCUGGCUGUGUUAAGCAUCGAGAAUGGCAGGGGAGCAGAAACCAGCCUGUAACCUCCUGGAGCAGUUCAUUUUAUUAGCCAGAGGCACCAGUGGCUCAGCUCUGAUUGCCCUCAUCAACCAGGUGCUGGAGGCUCCUGGGAUCUACGUCUUUGGAGAACUACUGGAAUUAACUAAUGUGCGAGAGAUUGCUGAAGGACCCAAUGCUGCUUAUUUUCAGCUGCUGAAUUUAUUUGCCUAUGGAACCUACCCGGAUUAUGUUGCGAACCAGAGUAACCUGCCAGCUUUGACGGGGCCCCAGAAGAACAAGUUGAAGCAUUUGACGAUUGUCAGCUUAGCUUCCAGAAUGAAGUGCAUCCCAUAUUCGGUGCUGCUGAAAGACCUGGAGAUGCGGAACCUCCGGGAGCUGGAAGACCUGAUCAUCGAAGCCGUUUACACGGACAUCAUCCAAGGCAAACUGGAUCAACGGAAUCAAGUGCUGGAAGUGGAUUUCUGCAUCGGGCGAGACAUUCAAAGGAAGGACAUCAGCAACAUCAUUAAAACCCUCCAUGAGUGGUGCGACGGGUGUGAAGCCGUCCUGUUAGGAAUUGAGCAGCAGGUACUUAGAGCCAACCAGUACAAGGAGAACCACAACCGAACUCAACAACAGGUGGAGACGGAGGUCCUGAACAUCAAGAAGACCUUGAAGACCACCGCCUCUUCCUCCUCUUCUGCCCAGGAGAUGGACCAGCAGCUGGUCGAACGGGAGUGUCCUCACCCAGAGCAGAGGCAGCCCACCAAGAAGCUCUCCAAGGUCAAAGGGCUGGUCUCCAGUCGCCACUAAUGGCCAGAGCUGCUGCAGGGGGGGGGGGUAGGCUGCCUGGCGGGGGGGGGGCUCAGUGACUCUGGAGGGAUGGGGUCCCGGGCCUCCCCGGUCUACCUGCCCCCUUUCCCCCACCAGCCCCUCCUUCCACCAGCUUCUGCACCAGUGGACACUGCCAACGUUCUCACCGCGGAGCUUUGCAUAAGGACUUGGGGGGGCCCUAUAUUUUGGGGGGUGGGUGUCAGGCGCUGAAUAAGGAGGUGGCUAACUUUGGGGUCCUUCCCGUCGGGUUGGUGCCCCUUGGCACCGGCAGCAGUGCACGUCCCCGGAUGGCAAAGGGAGGUUGGGUUUUCCAGCCAACGGCCCAAGGGAGCACAACACCCCUCCCUUCCCCCCCCCUCCUCCUCCUCCUCUUCCUCUUCCUCCUCCUCUUCCUCCUUCUCUUCUUCCUCA